AUGCUCCUAAGUCGACAAGCCCCGAAUAGCACCAUGUUUAGGUCCAUACUCUCGCGUAACAUAGUACAAAAAAGUUCCAGGUUGGUGUACCGAUGCCCCACCCCAUUGAUCUCUCGAAUGGGUUUAUCCGUUUCAGCUAGGACAAACCAAUUGAGCAGGACUCCUGUUGGUGGGUCUGAAUCGAAAAAAGGGGGUGGGUUUAAAGAAUCAACGGUAGAGUUUUCAGCGGGUAAAGCCACGCUUCUGUUCUUGAUCGUUGGGGGGCUCUCUUACUACAUUUUUGAGAGGGAAAAGAAGAGACUGGAAUCCGAACAGCAUAGCGAAGAUACUAGGGGGUUUGGUAGACCACAGAUUGGUGGGAAUCCCUUUGACUUGACGGAUCAAGAUGGAAACAAGUUUACUGAACAGAAUCUACUGGGGAAAUUCUCACUGGUUUAUUUUGGUUUCAGUCACUGCCCUGAUAUAUGUCCCGACGAGUUGGAUAAGUUGGGAGUUUGGCUUGAUACCUUAAAGAAGGACAACAUUAAGACCCAACCAAUAUUUGUCACCUGUGACCCUGCGAGGGACUCCCCAGAAGUGCUCAAGGAAUACUUGAAGGAUUUUCACGAAGGUAUAGUGGGUCUAACGGGUUCUUAUGACGAUAUCAAGAAAAUGUGCAAACAGUACAGGGUGUAUUUUUCUACUCCUCCAGACGUUAAACCUGGUCAGGAUUACUUAGUGGACCAUUCCGUUUUCUUCUACUUGAUGGAUCCUGAAGGGCAGUUUGUAGAAGCCAUAGGGUUGAACUAUGACGAAACGUCUGGUGCAGAGAAGAUCAAACAGUGUGUCAGGGGGUACCUUCCAAAGGCGGAGAGAGAAAAACUGGCCAAAAAAAACAAGAGCUUUUGGUGGUAA